GUUUAUUAACAUUUAUAUGAGAGAGAGAGAGAGAGAGAGAGAGAGAGAGAGAGAGAGAGAGAGAGAGAGAGAGAGAGAGAGAGAGAGAGAGAAUGUGUAUAAAUACACCUACAAGUCGUUCUCGAGCUCUACCAAUCCGAAUCUCCGAGAAAGAUUCCUUUGUUUCAAGAACUGAGUAAACAAAAGAAAAGAAAAAAAUGGCAUCAUGGAAGAAAACAAUAGCAACACCAUUCAAGAAGGCAGCAACACUCUUCAACCAACCGCAGCAAUCGCCAAGAAAGGGUUGCGGCGGUGGAAAAAUGGAUGCCAAAGCGAGGGAAGAGCACGAGAGGAGGAUGGUAAGAGAGCUUCAAGGAGAAGUCAUGGCUUGUGGAUACGACGAUGUUCUCGUCAUGUGGUCUAUUCUCGACAAAUCUAACUCCUCCAAUAACCUCACUUCUUAACCCCAAACCAGACACCAAACAAAUGGUUUUCUUAUCUGCUUUUUGUACAUAUAUAUCAAAAGUGGUAGCGAUCACCUCCUUCUCCUCCUCUUCUUCCUAUAGUUACCCUCUCAUAUCUCUUUGUAAGGUCUAGUGAACUUUUUUUCGACGAAUUAUCGUCGAGAAUUUAGAUGUUGCUCUUUCCUCUUUUGAUAACCCACGUGAUUCUGUUACUGUGGGAUUUUUUUAAAAGAGGAAAAAAUCUUUCUUGAGUUUUAUAUCAUCUGCAUGAUAUGAUUAGGAUUAUAUUUGUUUAAGAACUCAAAAACUAGUUCUCCAUAAUGUAAAAGCCAUGUGUAUUGACCGAAGUUGCACAUGAGUCAAAUUAUUAAUCAGAAGAAAUAAAAUAAUUAUGAUAUUAUUCUA